AUGUGUGCAUUCAGCAACGAAGUGAUGGGGGAGACGCUGGAUGCCUGGAUGCACGAGCUCUUGAACGUCUUCGAGGCGCAUACGGACGACAUACCCAAGCUGGAACCAAGGCUGGAGGAGUGCGACUUGCUGUCCAUCACCAUCGUCAAUCUCUCGAACGGUGGGGACAUCGACUUCGAUCGCUUCAAGCCCGUGAUGCUUGCGGCGUUGAGGUCUCUGCUGCCGAAGACGUGGUCCAUGGAGCACGAGACUGCUUGGCAGUGGCUGUGGAAGACGAUCGCCACAAACCUCAUGGAAGCCACCAUGAAGGUCCGCUCCUACAAGCCCUGGAGCACCAAGCUGUAUGGAGCGAUCACUGAUGAACAGCGGGAGAGCUUUCGCUCGGACAUCUACAUCGACUUCUUCGCCAAGUGCAAGCAGAGCCAGGAGCUCUUCAAGCAGUCGCAGACCCGUCUGCGCUACAUUGCCGACCGCAUCAUGCUCAGUGCCUACGACAUGCUGCACAAGCCGGUUCAGGAGAUGGUGGAUGAGCUUUCGGCCCUCGGCCUGCGGCACGUGGGCUACGGCGUCCCCGUCUCGCUGUUUGCCCCCUUCACCGACACCAUCGUGCUGACCAUGAAGCCCAUUGUCGCGAGCUUGGCCGACGAGGUCACAAUUGUGACAGAGGCCCGGCUCUUGCGAGUUAACAGGACGGGCUGGAGACCAGAGGAAAGCGUGGAUGAGAGGCCCUCGUUUUCAGUAUGGGGCCUAGAUCUGCCAGUGGAGGAUGGGGAGAUAUGCCCAGCAGAAGAAGAGAGGGAGGUCUCCGAUGGGUCCCUCUUUUCUUUCCUCUUUUACGCCGCGAGGUCCAACACCCACUGGCUGGAGGACUUCAACGUCCCUGACAAGAUGAUGCUCGAUGGAUUCCGUUGGUCUCUAGGCCUGGUUGCUCGAAUCCUGAUGCGGACCAUCACCGAGGGGUCCACAUCCGUUAUGCAGGCCAUCAACUACGAUGACCAGCGCCAGAUCACGAAGGCCUUGAACGAUGCGCCGCGAUUCGACAGGGUUCGCUGGCAGCUGCGUGUGCGUGUCGGCACGCAGACCAUCAGCCCACUUCAUUACGCCCUUCGCAGUGGCAGCCAUCGGUCUGCAAAGAAGAUGAUCCAGGAUGUGUUGACCAUUCGCGCGGAUCGCCAGCGGUACUACUACGGCGUGGACGAGCUCUUCAACUAUCAGCCGGAUUGCGCCGAGCACGUCUGCAGCGAGGCGCCCUUCCUGGCCAUGGAGAUGCUCGAGGGAUUGGUUUGGAGAUCGCACAAAUCCCAUGAUGGCAUGCGAUCGGUGAUCUACUAUCUGGAGCACCUCCUGCAGGACACGGAGGAGGACUCCACCCUCUCUCGGUCCAUGAAGACGUUCAUCAGCUUCAAAAAUGCGAAGAUCAUCCAGCAUCCGAUCAUCGUCUUUACGACGGACUUGCUGUGGAGCCGGCUGGUGCUGCGUGUGUUCCUGUGCGACCGAGCCUGGACAGCCGUCACCUUCGUCUUCUACAUCUUCUCUCAGUGCGUGCUGAACCAGCCCCACUUCCUGGAGAAGCAGGUCUUGCGCUACGUCUUGUUUGCCACGCGCCUGCUCGUCUACAUCUGCGGCUUGGGGAGGCUGCUUUACUGGCACUGCCGGGAGACGUUCCGUGCAUCCAGGCGGAAGGACAUGGUGAAGUUUCGGUGCCUCUCCUUCCCUGCCUACUGGAAGGAGUUCGAGCACCGCAUCAGUCUGGGGCUUCUGUUCGUGCUGGUGGGUAUGCUUUUCGUGGAGCCAAUGAUGUACUGCCUCAACGCUGACGAUGUUGUGGAAUUCAAGUGCGACGCGCACAGCGACGGAAUGCACAUGGUCUACCAGUGCUUCUCCGCCCUGGGCGUCUUCCUGUUCUGUUCGAUGAUCCUCGACCUUGCUGCGCUGAACAUCCGCAUGGCAGCCUACAAGGUCCUGUGUGCACAGGCGAUGGAUGAGGUGCUGAUGUGCGGCAUUGCGCUCCUGGUCACAAUCGUCACCUUCACCUUUGUCAUCAGCUCCCUGUCCCGCGAGACGCAGAGCAUCCAGACGCAGGAUUGGAAGUCCAUGGAUGGGGCUAUGCUCGCCCUGACGCAGACCGCUUUUGGCCUCUUCAGCAUGGAGUCAAUGUCCGAGCUUGCGCAGGAAAGUGGCCUCAUCUUUGCUUGCAUCCUGCUUUAUAGCAUCGCCGUAUAUACUUGCCUCUUCAACCUGCUGGUGUCGCAGUUCUGCGGCAUCUACAUGGCGCUGGCGGAAGACAUCGAGGGUCAUGCGCGACUGGUGCGAGGGCAAAUCAUCCUGACCGUUUUGAAGGACCUGUCGCUGAAGAAGUGGCAGGCUUUCAUGGGCCCACUGCAUCUGGACGAGAAGACCGACUUUGCAGAGGGGGACACCGGUCUUCCAGGUGGGAUCAAGAUCCAGGAACCAGCUUACCUGCAUCCGGUGGCGCAUGACCAGAUUCUGCGGUAUGGAGGCAAGACAGAUCCAUCACUGCCGUGGCCGGAGAAGGACACCAACGCGGACGAAAGCGUGGAGGCGAUGGUUGAGAGGACCAUCAUGAGGAGCGUCGCCAAAGCGUUUGGUCAGAACAGUAGCAGCGAGAACCACAACAACACCAACGGCAGCCAUGUGGGCACGAGCAGCGUUGGCCACUCUGAAGGAGGACUCGGUUCGCAUUUGGGCAUGGAAAGUGGAUUCUUGGAGCGUAUCGACGCACACGUUGCUGGGCAGCGGCUAGCAGGCCGCCAUGAGUGGAUGCUGCUCGCCAGUUGCUUCUGUGAGCAGGCGCUGAUGCUGGGAACUGCAUUGCUGGACCCCGCAAGCAUGGAGGUUCUUCUGGAACACCCGCGCAGAGCCACCAUUCCGGAGGAUGCACGGACUGAAGCAGCAAACGUGAAUCAAACCACAGCUGAGAAAAUCCAUCUCAAGGUGGACUUCAAACAAGAGCCAGGGGAUCCUCGCUCUAGCAGGGAGGUGAAAAAGGCAGAGGGUGCUCACUCGCAAAUCUUGCGUCGUCCCUGGGAAAAAUUGCGAGUGCCCGGGUACUUAUGGCGGCAGACUUGCCUCAAUGCAUCGCAGGCUGUUUUGAUGUCCAGACACAAGGAGGUGUUGACAGUUGACGGGCAAGGGGUCAAGUCGCUCUCGUCGCAUCGUGCUCAAGUUUGCAAUUGGUCCAAGCCCAAGAACGCUUACACUGUCCUCUUGACACGCCUCUCCUGUUUCCACAGCAUGAGCGAGCCGCAAGGCACCAGCACCCCCGUGGAUGUGGUGGAAGAAGUGGAAGCAAGUGAGAUGGAAGAGGCGUCGGCAACGGACGAGGUCCCUGAGGAUGAAUCGCUUGCUUCGGAGAUCUCCCCGCUGGGCGGAAACACGGCGAACGCGGCGAACACAAACAACGACAGCACCUUGGCUUUGGGCAUCUUUGGGCUUGGGGCGGGCAAGAGGGGCAACAGGAAGGCACUGUUGUUGGAGAAGCGUCACGCCUGCAGCGAGCAGGACGUGAAGGAAAUGGAGGCUUCGUGGAGAAAAGCGUUUCGUCGCGAUGGUAACAGUUGUGAACGCGACGUCAAGGGUCGCCAUGCGAUGAGAAGGAUGCAUGUCCAUGACGCAUCGAGGCACUCCAAGGUCGCAGCCUAUGAGUGCCCACUUCUCCUUAUGCCCUUCGGCUGUCCAGGCAUCCUUGGAGAGAAGUUUGGCAAGACCAUGGAGGAGCUUUUCGUGUGGGCGAAGGAGGAGCUGUCGAUGGCUGAGCAUGAGAAGGCUGCUAUCCGCCACUCUUGGAACGCCUUUCAGAAGGCAUCUGCGCUGGGAGACAGCGAGGCUGUCGGGGACGCCAUCUACGGCUGCCUGACUGGCGCCCUGAGCACCGAGAAGGACAAGUUCAAGACGCCCCGGGCCGUGCUCUGCUUGGCUCUCUUCAACGGCUUUCGCCAGCUGUCGGACAAGCUGGACAACCCGCCGGCGUUGUUCACCUUCGUGGAGAUCCUGGGGUUCAAGCAUUUGACCUUUGGAGUGACUAUGGCGCAGACCACCGCGGUGAGCGAUUCCUUUAUUGAAAUUCUCCAGCAGCAGGUGCAAGGUCAGGAGUUGGUGCCCGGGGCCAUCCAGGCCUGGCGCAACCUCCUCUUCUACGUGGGCAGCUGCCUCCGCUACAUCAGCGUCACCUACUCCCGGCGACUGGAGCUCAUCGGCGAAGACUGGAAGGCCAUUCAGGAGGCCAGCAACGCCAAUGAGGAGGAAGCUGCAGUGCGCAGCUUUCCCAAGAUGUGUGCCUUCAGCAACGAAGUCAUGGGGGAGGUGCUGGAUGCCUGGAUGCACGAGCUCUUGAACGUCUUCGAGGCGCUUCCACCAUGGCUGGAGGAGUGCGACUUGCUGUCCAUCACCAUCGUCAACCUCUCGAACGGUGGGGACAUCGACUUCGAUCGCUUCAAGCCCGUGAUGCUUGCGGCGUUGAGGUCUCUGCUGCCGAAGACGUGGUCCAUGGAGCAUGAGACUGCUUGGCAGUGGCUGUGGAAGACGAUCGCCACAAACCUCAUGGAAGCCACCAUGAAGGUCCGCUCCUACAAGCCCUGGAGCACCAAGCUGUAUUCAGUGAUCACCGAUGAGCAGCGGGAGUCCUUUCGCUCGGAUAUCUAUACCGACUUCUUCUCCAAGUGCGCUAUGAGCCAAGAGCUCUUCAAGCAGUCGCAGACCCGUCUGCGCUACAUUGCCGACCGCAUAAUGCUCAGUGCCUACGACAUGCUGCACAAGCCUGUUCAAGAAAUGGUGGAUGAGCUUUCGGCCCUUGGCCUUCGGCACGUGGGCUACGGCGUCCCAGUGGAGCUGAUGUCCUCAGUUUUUGCGCAAAAAGAUGAGAGGUUUGCCCCCUUUACCGACACCAUUGUGCUCACGAUGAAGCCCAUUGUCGCAUCGUUGGCCGACGAUGUCACAACUGUGACAGAGGCCGGGGUUGAGGCCCGCGAGGGCAAUGCCCCUUGGGUCUUUUUUCAGAGGAUUUCGAUCAGGCCGCGAGAUCCAACACUCACUGGCUGGAGGACCGGGCGAGAGCUUCGGCAGGACUUCAACGUCCCUGACAAGAUGAUGCUCGAUGGCUUCCGCUGGUCUCUAGGCCUGGUGGCCCGAAUCCUGAUGCGGACCAUCACCGAGGGGUCCACCUCCGUCAUGCAGGCCAUCAAUCACGAUGACCACCGGCAGAUCGUGAAGGCUUUGAACGACUCGCCGCGGUUCGACCGGGUUCGCUGGCAGCUGAGGGUGCGCGUCGGCACGCAGACCAUCAGCCCUCUUCACUACGCGCUUCGCAGUGGCAGCCAUCAGUCUGCGAGGAAGAUGAUCGAGGACGUGCUAACCAUUCGCGCGGAUCGCCAGCGGUACUACUACGGCGUGGACGAGCUCUUCAACUACCAGCCGGACGUUGCCGAGCACGUCUGCAGUGAGGCACCCUUCCUGGCCAUGGAGUUGCUCGAGGGAUUGGUCUGGAGAUCGCAUAAAUCUCACGAAGGCAUGCGAGCGGUGAUCUACUAUCUGGAGCACCUGCUGCAGGAUACGGAGGAGGACUCCACCCUCUCCCGGUCCCUGAAGACCUUCAUCAGCUUCAAGGAUGCGAAGAUCAUUCAGCGCCCCGGGGCCUCCCAGGGCCAGUCCGGGUUCCAGGCUCCUCUAGGCAUUGCCAGCACUCCGUCACUCCGUGGGAGUGUGGGUGAAGGGUUGGGCAAACUUGAGCAAAGGGGGAAGGAGACCAGAUCCUGCUCUGCUUGUUCCAGACGCCUGUUUGCUCGAGCUUUUGCAGUCGGGCUUCGAGUCUUGUCAAAUCUCAGCCCUGACCUGAGGCAUCCGAUCAUCGUCUUUACCACUGACUUGCUGUGGAGCCGUCUGGUGGUGAAAGUGUUCCUGUGCGACCGGGCCUGGACAGGCUUCACCUUCGUCAUCUACAUCCUGUCGCAGUGCUCACUGAACCAGCCCCAUUUCUUGGAGAACGCCGUGUUGCGCUAUGUCUUGGGCACCGCGCGCCUGCUCGUUUACAUUUGCGGCUUGGGGAGGCUGCUUUACUGGCACUGCCGGGAGACGUGCCGCGCGUCAAGGCGAAAGGACAUGGUCAGGUUCGGGCGCCUUUCCAUCCCUGCCUACUGGGGAGAGUUCGAGCACCGCAUCAGCCUGGCGCUGUUGGUCGUGCUGGUGGGUAUGCUCCUAUUUCGCAUUUGUGCAUUUGGCAGAUUGCCUUUCUUUGUGCAACCAAUGAUCUAUUGCCUCAACACGAACGACGUCGUGGAGUUCACGUGCUCUGGCUAUACCGACGCAAUGCACAUGAUCUACCAGAGCUUCUCCGCGCUGGGCGUCUUCUUGUUCUGCUCGAUGAUCCUCGACCUUGCCGCGCUGAACAUCCGAAUGGCAGCCUACAAGGUCCUGUGUGCACAGGCGAUGGAUCAGGCCAGGUGUGCACUUGAUGCGAUAUGA